GCCAGAGUCAGAUGUUGUUGUGACAUUUGGUUGGAAUUGUCAUUUAACAUUGUUUUCAUAAUCUGCGAAAUAACCUCUGCCAAUUAUUAAUAACGAAGUAGAUUUAGCAGAUUUAAUCAAAUCAGCAAAAUGGCUAAGGUUCCACCUCGUGAUUUGUCUCCUGUUUUGCGGGCUUUCCGAGACUAUCUUAUCGGGAGGAACAUGACGAAUCCCUUGAGGUUUGCACCGUUCUUGGCACCCAGGACUCAGCCACCACCAGAGAUUCCCGACGGACCUUCCCACAAACAUGCUCAUAAUUACUACCACACAAGGGAUGCUCGCAGGGAAGUAACACCACCUCUAGUAAUUACUUCAAAGAUGCUCACAGAUGGUGCUGGAAAAGGGGAAGCUAAAACACCCGUUAAUGUGAGACCUACACCUGGUAACAUUUUCCACUGGGACAAGCACUACAACUGAAUCAUUGUGCUGAUAGAUCAAAUUGUUAAUUUUAUUUAAAUAAAUAGGUUCUGCAGAUCA